AUGGCCUAUCACACCUCCUUCCUGACGGCCGUCGACAGCCGUGCUCAUGUCCACCUGAUCGUCGGCGCAAACCCACUAGCAGCCACACGCUGCGGCCAGAGUUUCGCAGUCGGCGCAAUCCCGGUGCUCGUGGCCCCGGUACCCGGAAAGAGCGUCUUUCCGGCCGCAUUGCAGCGCCACAUCGACGCGGGCUCGGUGCCCUGGGUUCGUGCACCGUUCCAGGACGAGCAGCUCUUUACGCUUGGCCGCGCUGAUGUUGGCCAUGUUGUCGACGCUGUAUUUGUCACCGAGGAUGCACCCACAUCGUCGGACCAGACGUUGGCCGGCCACAUUGCCGGCCUCUGUCGCCGCCAUCGCAUCCCGGUCAACGUCACGGACCAGCCGCGGCUGUGCUCGUUUGCGCUGUUGUCAACGUACACCGAUGGGCCGCUGCAGAUCGGCGUGACCACCAACGGUAGCGGCUGUCGGCUGGCAGCACGUAUCCGCCGCGAGGUGGCAGCAUCGCUGCCGGCCGGCUUGGGUGACGCCUGUGCCCGGCUGGGUUUACUGCGGAGGCAGAUUCAAGCUGAAGACCGAGGAGAGGUGGUGGCUGCUGCCGUGCCAGCAGCGCCUGGCGUGACAAAUGCGGCAGACACGGACGAUACGCCAGACCAGAGCGCCACGUUUAAUCGGCUCGUCUCAGAGACCGACGUGGACGCGAGCCGGACGCGACGGAUGCGCUGGCUUGCCCAGAUGUGCGAGUACUGGCCCUUGAAGCGGCUGGCGGGCGUGAGUGCCGCCGACGUCGACGCGCUGCUGCAGGCGUACAGCGAGACUGUGUCUGACGACCGGACUGUCGACGGAACGGCCCCGGCCACGUCCGCCUCGACUGGCACCAUCAUUCUGGCCGGCUCAGGACCAGGCCAUCCAGACCUGUUGACGCGCGCGGUGCACCAGGCGAUCCUGUCGGCUGACCUCGUGCUGGCGGACAAGCUGGUGCCACAGGGCGUGCUGGACCUGAUCCCACGCCACACAGAGGUGUCUAUUGCGCGCAAGUUCCCGGGCAACGCGGAGGCGGCACAGGACGAGCUGGUGGCAGCUGCCGUGGCCGGUGCCCGUGCUGGUCGCGUGGUCCUGCGGCUCAAGCAAGGCGAUCCGUUUGUGUACGGCCGUGGCGGCGAGGAGGUCUUGCGGCUGCGAGCGGCCGGCUUUGCUGACGCGUCGAUUGUCGUGCUGCCCGGCGUGACCAGUGCCCUGUCGGCACCGCUGUUUGCCAGCAUUCCGCCGACACAUCGCGAUGCCGCCGAUCAGGUGCUCAUCUGCACCGGCACCGGCAAGAAGGGUGCCACCCCCCGGCCACCCGGCUACCGGCCGUCGCGCACGACCGUCUUUCUGAUGGCGCUGCACCGGAUCGGCGGGCUCGUGGCCGAGCUGACUGCUCUGACGGAUGUUGAAGCUGAAUCUGGAUCACAGCAGCAUCGCGUCCUCUGGCCGGCCGACACUCCUUGUGCCGUGGUCGAGCGGGCCAGCUGCCCCGACCAGAAGGUGAUCCGCACCACGCUCGCACACGUCGCCGCCGCCAUCGAACAGGAGGGCAGCCGGCCACCCGGUCUGCUCGUCGUCGGCCGUGCCUGCAACGUGCUGCACGGCGCCGACUUCGACCCGGAACAGCCCUGGUCUGUCGAGGAGGGCUUUGCCGGCUUUGGCCUAGACGGCAUCGCCGCCGGGCUGGCCGCGAUCGCUUAG